AUGUUGUGGCAAUUGAGCUUGGCAGCAUUGGGUGGCUUUGCUGCUUGGAAGUGGACUUCCUCGCAGGAGCAAUCCAUCUCCUUCAGCGGUAUGACCAUUCCUCCCCAGUCAUUGAUCCACGGGCAUACAAUGUUAUGGGCGAGAGCGGCACUUACCGUCGAAACUCGUUUACCGAGUUUUCAACCCUACGAAUACGAGUCCCCCGUUCUUCCAGAUAUUCCACCCAGAAUUUCUGCGAAUUCUGGCCAUCGCGUCUCGCCUGGAACUAUUUUCGCACAUGAGGCACCCGUAUGGUUCCCAGAGACAGACGAAGUCUUCUUCGGUAGUCACUGCUCUGGACCGAAGGGUUGGCGCGACUGUCGCGGAAACAACUUCAUGUCGAAGAUCAGCAUGCAAGAAGUCAAAGGCGUUGUACAGGCUGCUGGAAGCACUGUGGCACCGCUAAAUGUCACUGUCACUCAGCUCGACACUGCAGAUGUGCGGCAGAAGACAUGGGGCGCGACAGGCCCUUACAAGUCAUCGCUCAUUCUGAUCAACUCAGGGAAUGUUGACCGUCCGUCGUCGAUCGCACUCAUGAACCCCGCACCGCCAUACAACAUUACGGUUCUGUUCGACAACUACUACGGGAGGCAAUUCAAUUCGCUCAACGAUGGCAAGAUCCAUCCAACGAGCCACAAGAUCUUCGUUACCGAUCCCACAUACGGAUUCUUGCAGCAUUUCCGUGAACCACCGCUCUUGCACAACCAAGUCUACCGCUUCGAUCCGGACACUGGCAACGUGAGGGUCGUCUCCGACGAACUCGUGAGACCCAAUGGUUUGGCGUUCUCGGCCGACGGCCAAAUCGCAUACGUGGCGGACACCGCUGCUUCCAUCGGAUUCCAUGGGAGAAACCAGACUCUCCCUUCUACGAUCUACGAGUUUGACGUCAAUCCCAAAACUCAGGUAUUCGAGCACAAGCGCGUCUUCGCCUAUAUCGACGCUGGUCUGCCAGACGGGAUACAGGUCGACAAGUUCGGCAAUGUUUACUCAUCUUGUGGAGAUGGCAUCCAUGUUUGGAAUCGGGACGGCAUUCUCAUUGGCAAAUUCUUUGUCGGGAAAGUAUCAUGCAACCUGGUCUUCGCUGGAGACGGAAACUUGGUCAUAUUAGCGGGCGACCAGGUCUUUUUGCGGAAGUUGCAGCAGGUGGGAUCAACCUAG